AUGGGGCUUGCCAGAGGUGACAAGAGGGACGGCGACGAGAAAGGUGUCAAGACGUGGCGCCAGUGCAAGUACGUCACGCCCAUCGAGGCCGAAGGAUCGGUCUCGCUCGAGUUCCCACUCACGUUCCCACCGGUCGCGUUCUAUCAUGCGCCAGCAUGGAUGUCGGGACUCAUCUCGGAGAUUCGAACCAAUAAUCAAAAGAUCAGUGCCAUGGAGGUCUCGAUGAAGACAGAACUUGACAACAUGAAGACCAGCCUCCAAGUUCACGAUGCCAAUGUAAUCGCUCUCAACAAUAGGGUAGUCGAGCUAGAGAAGGUCUCGAAGGGCAGCAUCACGGAAGCGGUCACGGCAGCGGUGGACGCUAAGCUUCAGUGCAUUCAGAGUCAGAUCGACACGCUCCAGCCUGUGCUCAAGAGGAUCCGAUCCUUGCACUAUGAGUACCUUGUCAGUCGCUACGGGCACCUCAUGCAGGACGCUGUCCCGUACUUCCACGCCGUCAGUCAGAGCUACAAGAUCACGUUCAAGACACUCGUUGCAGCCAAGCUCUUCCAGCAGACGGUCAACCAGGACCUGCUCUCUGGCAGCGAUAAAUGGACCCAAGACAUGCGCCUAGGGGUCAAUGGCUUCAAGGGCACCGUGCAGCUCAUCUCAGAUGAGGAUGUCUGGAUCCUGGUGGACCUGGUCGCCAACGCGCGCAUGGGGGGGACCGUCUACGACUUCCAGCCGAACAUCUCCAACCUUGAGUACUUCGGUGUCUCCGCCGAGCAGUUCAACACCAUUGUCGAGCAAGCUGCUGCAGCUGCCGCCUGGCCUGACGGCAUCCCCUACUCAUCCUGGCGAGCUUCGGGAGACAUUGGUAAGAAAGUAUUGUACGAUCUCUACCUUCACCUGAUGCAGCAGGGGACGCUCCCUGGCCGAUUUAACGAGUGCACUGCAGCCUUUUUGCCGAAGGGCUCGGCUCUGCUGGGCCACGAGUCGGCGCGGCAACCUGCCUCGACGCGCCCUUUGUCACUCUCGAAUUGCGAUAACAAGUUGCUCAGCUCAGCUAUUGCUGUCCCAAUCGCUAAGGUGGCGGAGGAUAAGGUGGACAAGGCCCAGAGGGGCUUUAUUAAGGGAAGGCAGAUGUUAGACAACAUCGUGGAGGUGGAUUCUAACCUCACUAUCUGGUCUGCUAUGUGUGGCUGCAAAAAUGCUGGCUCGGCUUUAUUUGAUCUGAAGGCUGCCUUCCCCUCUAUUCACCAUAUGUUUAUUUGGGCCUGCCUGCGGGCCCUUGGCAUCCCUGAGUUCGUCAUUGCUGCUAUUAUCGCCCUCUACAAGGAUUGCGUCAUGUAUAUUGUCUUCGCUGGUUCUCGUAAACAUUUCAUACUCGUCGAGCGUGGUGUGAAACAAGGGUGCCCUCUUAGUGGGAUUAUUUUCAGUAUCUGUUUCGACCCCGUGGUCCGUCGCCUCAAGGAGAUUGCCUAUCGGAUUCCCGUCGUUCUGAAUGCGUUUGCUGACGACCUUAGCGUGACCAGCUCUGACCUCAUCGGGGUGUUGCCGCAACUGCUGCGGCUGCUGUGUCAGGCCGGCCUUGGCUCGGGGCUCAUCCUCAACCUCUCCAAAUGCCAGCUUAUCUUCCCUCACUACCACACCUUCCUUAAUGCGGUGGAGCUCUGCAAGGCCCAGGGUGUGAGAAUUCGGAAGUUCAUUAUUGGCCAGAACGGCUGGUAUCUCGGCGUUGGGGUAGGCAUUGGUGCUUGUGACAGGAGCUGGGCCCCAGUAUUAAUUCAUUUGAAGGAGCGCAGUCUGCGAGUGAAGAGCCUGAAGCAAGGCCUAUCGAUCAGUGUGCAAGCUUACAACACGUAUGCAGUGACUGUUGCUGGUCAUUGUGCCCAGGACCAGCUCCAGAUGCGGGCCUCCAUUCUCCUUUCUCCCGACCAAGUGACAGUGAUCGACCACACGCGCAGGCGCGCGCGGGUGGAACGGCUCCGCCGCGCGUCCACGCGGGCAAUGCGCGGCGAUGGCGGCGGCCCGGGGCUCCUCGUUGGCACCUCGCCGGCCGCGGCCUCGUCAGCGCCGCCUCCCGCCGCUGGCGCGGUGGUCGAGUCCACCGCCGUCCACAAGGCCCAGCUUCCAGACGGCACCAAGCUGCUGAACGGCUUGCGGGUCCUUCAGAAGAUCGGCGAGGGCGCGUAUGCGAAGGUGAAGCUCUGCGAGGGGCCACUCCCGGGGAACCCUGGCAGCGACCACACAUACCAGUUCGCGCUGAAGGUCUUCCGGAAGGGCCGACUGCGCCGCCAGCGCACGUACGGCAGCGGGCGCGCGCACGGAGGCCAGCCUGGCGAGCCCAUGAAGGUGAGGAGCUCGCUGGACAAGGUGCACGAGGAGAUACAGAUCAUGAGGCGCCUCAACCAUUCGAGCUGCGUCCGCCUGUUUGCGAUCUACGAUCAGCCUGAUGUCGAGGGCAAGUUGUACCUCGUGAUUGAGUACGCCUCCCGCGGCGUCACGAUGGAGUGGGAUGCUGGGAAUUCUCGUUAUUUCGACCCGUCGACGAACGCUGCUCUUUCCGAGAAUGUCUCUCAGUGCUACGUUCGCGACGCGUUGUCGGGCUUGCAUUAUUUACACGGUUUAAGGGUGUGCCACCGGGACCUGAAGCCACAGAAUUUGCUCGUCUUUGCAGAGUGGCGGGUGAAGCUCGCGGACUUCGGUGUUGCCACCGACAUGCAGGAGGAUUUCCGGGUGGUGGGCACGGAGGGCACCUACCACUUUUACUCGCCUGAGAUGUGUGCCAGUGGUUACGAGAGCCACGACGGAAGGAGAGCGGACGUGUGGGCGCUGGGCGUGACGCUGUGGGCGUUCCUCUUCGGAUCCGUGCCGUUCCUGGCGACGGAUAUGAUGAAGCUCCUGGAUGCCAUCGCCGAGGCAAAGUUCGAAUUGCCCCCUGCCUCUGCAAGCUUAAGUGGACAUUGCCGGCGCACACUGCUCAGGAUGUUGUGCCCGGACCCUGCGCAGCGGCCCCUGGCACCAGAGUUGCUGGAGGAGGUCGCCGCCGCGCCGUGGGGCGGCGCGGAGGAGCCAGCGCGGCGCGGGGUGCCCCAGGUCGAGCUGCCGGAGGGCCUGAACCCCGAGGUACUGUCGUGACGCUCGAGGAGGCCUUGAGGAAAGGGCUGGUGACCUGGAGCUACCCCGCGACACGAGGAGCGCGCGGAGGGCCGAGAACGCGACGCAGCCCCCGCUGCCCCCUUCUGGCCGUCGGCGCGGCCCCCCCACCCCGCGCCCGCGCAAGGCGCGGCGCACCGACGGUCCGGGCACCGCCGUUCGCGUCGGACCGCGUCGGAUCGCGCGCAGCCCCCCCCCCGACUCUGCUCCUUGUGU